CGCAACACUCAGCCAGGGAGGGGAGGGAUGAUGGAGCUAAGAUGGCAGCCCAACUGAGGGUGCUGCCUCUCUGGGGUCAAGAACACACUAUAGGAACUAAUAAAACCCGAUCACGACAAGGCGACUGAUGGAAAUUAAUGGUUCCGUUUCUGCAAUUUGUCAAGAAAAAUGCUAUGGCUUGAGAAGAUAUAUUUACGGGAGACGAGCACCGUGGUGACGCCGUGGCCGUGAUCGGAAGACCGAACGUUGUAGUUGCACCACCAGAUCGGCUACAAUUUGCUCUUAUAAUAACUGGGGACCGUGGAUGCUAAUUGUGGUAUAUCUGCAACUUGGAGCGGACAAAUAAUGUGACGCGUGGAGGAUUUAAUGACAAUUGGAUUGCAUCGGAUGGCUUGAUAUUAUCUAUCUGUGGUAUCUUUUGUGUGAUAUAUGCAUUGUUCUUCAAAACGAUGAUGUGUGCUGCUGCGGCAGCGGCCGCCGGUGGAGGGAUUCUACCUUCCUCAUCGCCGUCGAUGGGGUUGGGUGUCAGGGUCAUUUCUGGAGCAGGAGCCGAGCUCUCCACCAUCGGUUCGGGAAUGGGUUCUUGUCCGACACCCGGAGCCCAGUCGGAUUGUCGGACUCGGUACCAGCUUUUACUCUCAGGGCGAGCUCUGGCCGAAAGAUACAGGCGGAUUUAUACCACCGCUAUCAAUGAUAAAGAGCAAGGGAUAAAUCAAGGGAGGGGAAAGAAGGCGUUGAGUAAGAAGAAACUGAAAAGGCGACAGAAAGUCAAGUCAAAAGUCAAAUCAAGAACAAAGGCCGAGAGUCUAGAUGGAGCCCUCUGCGUGCCGGACAUCAAGCUGCACAGCAACCCAUCUGCUUUCAAUGUCUACUGCAACGUGCGGCACUGUGUGCUGGACUGGCAGCAGAGAGAGGCCUCCCUAGUGCUGGCCUCCAGGAGCUCGGUGCAGAGCGGCGACUCCGACAGCGAGGAGGAGGAAGAGUACCGCGAGCCGGCCGUGAAGCUGCCAAAGAUCAUUGGCAUCGGGCUGUGCGGGGUGUUUGAGCUGAUAAAAGAGACUCGGUUCUCUCACCCCUCGCUAUGCCUGCGGAGCCUGCAGGCCUUGUUGGACAUGCUGCAGGGACAGCAGCCCGAGGGCUUUCAGACCGAGCCUCCUGAUGUGCUGGAGUCUCUUUUCCAGUUGUUGUUGGAGACCACGGUCCGGAGCACGGGGCCCAACGACCCGACGGGACAGGCCAUCACCGCCCUGUCCUGCGCCUGCCUCUUCAGCCUGGUGGUGGCCUGGGGAGACACCGGCAAAAUCCUGCAGGCCGUCUCUGCCAUCCUCACCAACAACGGCAGCCACGCCUGCCAGACGAUACAGGUGCCCACCAUACUCAAUGCCCUACAGAGGAGCGUACAGGCAGUCCUGGUGGGAAAGAUCCAGAUCCAGGACUGGUUCGGGAACGGCAUCAAGCGCGCUGCCCUCAUGAACAAGUGGAUCCUGAAGGAGGUGGCCAUCGACGAGGACGAGCGCUGCCUUCUGCAGACCGAUGGCUCCUUCCUGUACUUGCUCUGCAAGGACGGACUCUACAAAGUGGGCUCUGGAUACAGUGGCACCGUCAGGGGCCACGUGUACAACUCCACGUCUCGUACCAGGAACCGGAAGGACAAGAGGUCGUGGCUGGGCUUUGCUCAGGGGUACCUGUUGUAUCGGGACACAAGUAACCACACGAUGUCGGCCAUCAAGAUCAACCCUGAGACUCUGGAGCACGAGGGGACUGUCACCAUGCCAGGUCAACAUUCAGACGGACAGAACAUCAUCUUCACAGACGGAGAGUACAUCAACCAGAUAGCAGCCUGCAAAGACGAUGGUUUCGUGGUGCGGAUCUAUACCAUGAGCUCAGACCCGGCCCUGCAGCAGGAACUGCAGCUGAAGCUGGCAAGGAAAUGUCUGCACGCCUGCGGCAUCUCUCUGUUCGACCUGGAGAAGGAUCUGCACAUCAUCAGCACAGGCUUUGAUGAAGAGGCAGCGUUGCUUGGAGCGGGCAGGGAGUUUGCUUUGAUGAAAACCGCCUCAGGAAAGAUUUACUACACCGGAAAGUACCAGAGCCUGGGCAUAAAGCAGGGUGGUCCUUCAGCAGGGAAAUGGGUGGAACUGCCUGUUACAAAGUCUCCCAAAAUCAUUCAGUUCUCGGUCGGCCACGAUGGCUCUCAUGCACUGCUGGUGGCCGAAGACGGAAGCGUGUUCUUUACAGGCUCUGCCAGCAAGGGAGAGGACGGAGAGUCCACUAAAAGCCGCAGACAGCCCAAACCCUACAAGCCCAAGAAGAUGAUCAAAUUAGAGACCAAGACAGCGGUGCACACAGCGUGUAACAAUGGCAGCAGCAGCAUCGUCACCAAGGACGGAGAGCUCUACAUGUUUGGCAAAGAUGCUAUUUACAGUGACAGCACUUGCCAGGUGACGGACCUGAAAGGUCACUCUGUAACUCAGGUUGCCAUGGGCAAGGCCCAUACCUGUGUUCUGACCAAGAGUGGUGAAGUGUGGACAUUUGGGGUGAACAACAAGGGCCAGUGUGGCAGAGACACUGGAUCCAUGAGCCAGGCAGGGAAAGCGUUCGGUGUGGAGAGCAUGGCCACGGCCAUGGAUGAGGACCUGGAGGACGAGCUGGAAGAGAAGGAAGAGAAGAGCAUGAUGUGCCAGCCGGGCAUGCACAAGUGGAAGCUGGACCAGUGCAUGGUGUGCACGGUGUGCGGAGACUGCACCGGCUACGGUGCCAGCUGUGUCAGCAGUGGACGGCCGGACAGAGUACCAGGAGGUAUCUGUGGCUGUGGCUCUGGAGAGUCUGGCUGCUCGGCGUGUGGCUGUUGCAAGGCUUGUGCUAGGGAGCUGGAUGGUCAAGAGGCCAGACAGAGAGGCAUCUUUGACGCAGUGAAGGAGAUGAUUCCUCUGGACCUGCUGCUAGGAGUGAACAUCGAGGAGCACAUUCAGAUCCGUCAGGAGGAGAAGCGACAGAGGAUCAACCGCCGGCACAGGCUGGAGGAGGGCAGAGGCCCCCUUGUUUUUCCCGGUCCCAUAUUUAUGAACCAGCGUGAGCAGGCCCUAGCCAGAAUAAGACCCCUUCAGGCACUAAGGCAUAAGCGGGACAAGCACAAAGAUGGUAGCAGUGAGCGUGGGGAGAAGGAUGCCAGCAAAAUCACCACCUACCCCCCCGGGGCCGUGAGAUUUGACAGCGAGCUGCGAGCUGUGCAGGUCAGCUGCGGUUUUCACCACUCGGUGGUGCUGAUGGAGAACGGAGAUGUCUACACGUUUGGUUACGGCCAACACGGGCAGCUCGGGCAUGGAGAUGUGAACUCCAGGGGUUCUCCGACUCUGGUGCAGGCCCUUCCAGGUCCCAGUGUUCAGGUGACAGCAGGCAGUAACCACACAGCCGUUCUCCUCAUGGAUGGGCAGGUUUUUACAUUCGGCAGCUUCUCGAAAGGACAGCUGGGCCGGCCCAUCCUGGACAUGCCCUACUGGAAUGCCAAGCCAUCGCCCAUGCCCAACAUUGGGGCCAAAUAUGGGCGAAAGGCCACCUGGAUUGGUGCCAGCGGGGACCAGACGUUCCUGCGGAUCGAUGAGGCUCUUAUCAACUCCCAUGUCCUCGCCACUUCAGAGAUCUUUGCCAGCAAACACAUUAUUGGGCUUGUGCCCUCCUCUGUGUCUGAGCCGGCUCCAUUUAAAUGCUUGCUGAUCAACAAAAUGGACGGAAGCUGCAGGACCUUCAAUGACUCUGAGCAGGAGGACCUGCAGGGAUUUGGCCUGUGUCUGGACCCUGUGUAUGAUGUCGUAUGGAGGUUCCUGCCUGCUGCAAAAGAGAUGCUGUGCUACAAUGCUGUGAUAGCUGACGCCAGGAUGCCCUCUGCCACAGAUCUACAGGCUCGCUGCAGCAUCCUCAGUCCGGAGCUUGCUUUGCCCUCAGGAUCACAUGCCACCACCACGCGCUCUCAUGGAGCCCUGCACAUCCUCGGUUGCCUGGAUACACUGGCCGCCAUGCAAGAGCUGAAGAUGGGCGUGGCCAGCGCGGAGGAAGAAACCCAGGCAGUGAUGAAGGUCUACUCCAAGGAGGACUACAGUGUGGUGAACCGCUUUGAGAGUCACGGUGGUGGCUGGGGCUACUCAGCCCACUCUGUGGAGGCCAUCCGGUUCUGUGCUGAUGCAGACAUCCUGCUGGGUGGACUGGGUCUGUUCGGGGGACGAGGGGAGUACACUGCCAAGAUCAAGCUUUUUGAGCUGGGACCUGACGGGGGUGACCACGAGACAGACGGCGAUCUGCUGGCUGAGACUGAUGUGCUGGCGUACGACUGUGCUGCCAGGGAGAAGUAUGCCAUGAUGUUUGACGAGCCGGUGCUGCUGCAGCUGGGCUGGUGGUAUGUGGCGUGGGCCAGAGUGUCUGGACCCAGCAGUGACUGUGGCUCCCACGGACAGGCUACCAUUACUACAGAUGAUGGUGUGGUGUUUCAGUUCAAAAGCUCUAAGAAGUCAAACAACGGUACAGAUGUUAAUGCGGGUCAAAUACCUCAGCUGCUAUACAGGCUUCCUUCAAAUGAUGGCAAUGCAGCUAAAGGGAAGCAGCAGACCAGUGAACCAGUCCAUAUCCUUAAACGCUCAUUCGCUCGUACCGUUUCAGUGGAGUGUUUUGAGUCUCUGCUGAGUGUCCUUCACUGGAGUUGGACCACCUUGGUUCUGGGUGUGGAGGAGCUGCGAGGGCUAAAGGGCUUCCAGUACACAGCCACCCUGCUGGACCUGGAGAGGCUGCGCUUUGUCGGCACGUGCUGCCUCCGCCUGCUCAGGGUCUACAUCUGUGAGAUCUUCCCCAUCGCCGCCAGCACCAAAGCUGUGGUGGAGGAGUCCAGCAAGCUGGCAGAGUGCGUGGGAAAGACGCGCAGCCUGCUGAAGAAGAUCCUGUCAGAAGGCAUGGACAACUGCCUGACCAAGCUGGACAACGACCCCCAGGGCUACCUGUCUCAACCUUUGACCCUGCUGGAAGCUGUGCUGCAGGAGUGCCACAACACCUUCACCGCCUGCUUCCACUCGUUCUACCCGACUCCGGCUCUGCAGUGGGCCUGCCUCUGCGACCUGCUCAACUGCCUGGACCAGGACAUUGCCGAGGCCAACUUCCGCACGUCCAGCAGCCGCCUGCUGGCGGCCGUGAUGUCGGCUCUGUGCAACACUUCGGUCAAGCUGACAUCCAUCCUGCCCAUCGCAUACGAUGGGGAAGUGCUGCUGCGUUCACUGGUCAAACAAGUCAGCACAGAGAACGACUCUGCCCUCGCUCACCGCUUCCCCCUGCUGGUGGCCCACAUGGAGAAACUGAGCCAUACGGAGGAGAACCUGAUGGGCAUGACCAGUUUCCGGGAGGUUCUGGAGAAGAUGCUUGUGAUUGUGGUGCUGCCGGUGAGGAAGAGUUUGAGGAAGGAAGUGGAGCUGUUCUCUCCACACCUGGUCUCCAACACCUGCGGUCUACUGGCCUCCAUCGUCUCCGAGCUCACCGCCUCGGCCCUGGGCUCCGAGGUUGAUGGGCUGAACUCGCUCCACUCCGUGAAAGCAUCCCCGAACCGUUUCACCAAAACGAGCCAGGGCCGCAGUUGGAACACGGGCAAUGGCUCUCCGGAUGCCAUCUGUAUGACUGUAGACAAGCCAGGCGUUGUGCUGGUUGGCGUGUGCGUCUACGGGGGAGGGGGCAUCCAUGAGUAUGAACUGGAGGUGCUGGCCGACGACGCACAGACGGAGCACCCAGGGGACUCGGCACAUUCUCACAGGUGGACAUCCCUGGAGCUGGUGAAGGGCACCUACAGCACCGACGAUUCUCCCAGCGAUAUUGCUGAGAUUCGCAUGGACAAGGCCGUGCCGCUCAAGGAGGGUGUAAAGUAUGCUGUGCGGUUACGGAACUACGGCAGCCGGACAGCUAACGGGGAUGGAGGCAUGACCACGGUGCAGUGCUCCGACGGUGUUUCGUUCACCUUCAGCACCUGCAGCUUGAGCAGCAAUGGCACCAACCAGACCAGAGGACAGAUCCCACAGCUUCUCUACUACAGGAGUGAGUAUGACGGGGAUCUUCAGUCUCAGCUGCUGAGCAAAGCCAAUGAGGAAGACAAGAAUUGUAGCAGAGCUCUGUCCGUGGUCAGCGCUGUGGUCAGAGCUGCGAAGGACCUGCUUAACAGGGCUUUUGCUGUCGAUGUGGAUGAUAUUCCCGAGCUACUGAGUUCCUCCAGCCUGUUCUCCAUGCUGCUGCCCCUCAUCCUGGCCUACAUCGGCCCCGUGGCUGCGUCUGUACCUAAGGCAGCCGUUGAGGUCUUUGGACUCGUUCAGGAGCUGUUGCCUGCUGUCUCCGCCCUCAACCAAAAGUACGCCCCACCCACCUUCAACCCGAACCAGUCAACAGACAGCACGACCGGCAACCAGCCUGAGCAGGGCCUGUCGGCUUGCACCACCUCAAACCACUACUCGGUGAUUGAGAGUGACCACCCUUACAAACAAGCUGGCGUCACACAAUACAGGGUGUCUUUCCCCGACUGUGUCCGCUGGACCACCAUUGAGUUUGAUCAGCAGUGCGGCACUGCGCAGCCAGAGGACGUCCUGCGCCUGCUCAUCCCCAGCCGUACCCUCCACCUGUCCAACCUGGGGGGCAAACCUUUGAUCCAUGACACCAUCAACACCUGGACUGAUCUCAAGAAGUUCUCUGGCUCCACUGGCUGGCCAACCACCAUCCUGGUGCUGCCAGGAAACGAAGUUCUGUUCUCACUGGAGACGGCCUCGGACUACGUCAAAGAUGAGAAAGCUUGCUUUUACGGCUUCAAGUGCGUAGCCGUGGGAUACGAGUUUAACCCCGGCCCCGAUGAGGGUAUCAUCCAGCUGGAGAAGGAAUUGGCCUACCUGGGCAGUGUGUGUGCUGCAGCUCUGAUGAAGAAAGACCUGGCCCUCCCUAUAGGUAAUGAACUGGAAGAGGAUCUUGAGAUCCUUGAGGAAGCCUCUCUUCAGGUGUGUAAGUCCCACUCCGGGAUCCUGGGGAAGGGUCUGGCCUUGUCUCACUCCCCCACCAUCCUGGAGGCCCUGGAGGGAAAUCUGCCGCUGCACCUCCAAACCAAUGAGCACUCUUUCCUUGAGGACUUCAUCACCUGUGUACAGACAUCCAGCGGAGGACGUCUGGCCAGGUGGCUACAGCCAGACUCUUACGCAGACCCCCAGAAGACAUCUCUGAUCCUGAACAAAGAUGACAUACGCUGUGGGUGGCCGACUACUGUGGUCGUACAGACCAAAGACCAGUAUGGAGAUGUGGUGCACGUUCCUCACAUGAAGGUGGAGGUAAAGGCCGUGCCCGUUUCACAAAAGAAGUCGAUGCAGCCGGACAAUGUGAAGAGGCUGCAGCGGCUACCUGGGAGCUCCUCGCCGUCGUCCUCUGGCCCAGACUUAACCUUUGGAGGUUUGCCAAUGCCCAAACUGGAGGCCACGUAUGAGCCCAUGAUCGUGAAAGAGGCUCGAUACAUCGCUAUAACCAUGAUGAAGGCUUAUGAAAACUACUCAUUUGAAGAGCUGCGCUUUGCCUCCCCCACCCCAAAGAGACCCAGUGAGAACAUGCUGAUUCGUGCCAACACUGACGGAACCUACAGCGCCAACUGGACUCCGGGAGCAGUAGGCCUCUACACAAUCCACGUCACCAUUGAUGGCAUUGAAAUAGAUGCUGGUUUGGAGGUAGAAGUCAAAGACCCCCCCAAAGGCAUGAUACCACCUGGCACUCAGAUGGUCAAACCAAAGGCUGAACCUCAGCCUAGCAAGGUCCGCAAAUUUGUGUCCAAGGACAGCGCAGGCCUGCGUGUGCGUAGUCACCCCUCCCUGCAGAGCGAACAGAUAGGCAUAGUGCAUGUCAAUGGCACCAUCACUUUCAUUGACGAGAUCCACAAUGAUGAUGGUGUGUGGCUCAGGCUCAAUGACGAAACAGUAAAGAAGUAUGUUCCCAGCAUGAAUGGGUACACAGAAGCCUGGUGCCUCUCUUUUAACCAGCACCUGGGCAGGAGCCUACUGGUCCCAGCCGACGUAAGUAGAAGACGUUGCGUUCCAUGCCUUGCUUGUUUACCUGCUCCACUGUUUUUCGCUGUAGAUGGUUCAUCACGCCGCCUUGCUUCUCGCGAGCGUGUGCACAAAAGCAAUGUGUCCGUGGCUGGGCAUGGUACUGCUCUCUCAUCUCUCGCUUUGAGGCAAAAGGGUGAGCGAGGGAACCUGAUGCCCGGAGCGCGGCCCAUGUCCCCAGCCUCCAAACACCGGCAGGAGAACCGCUCGCCCAAACAGGAGGGUCGGGGAAGCCGCUCAUCCGAGCAGAGCAGGAGCAAGACAGGGGAGGGCGGCCUCUCAGCCAACGAAGCCCUCAUCCUGCGGUCGGACACGGCCAAACUGAGGUCCGACUCUCACAGCCGCUCUCAUUCGCCCAAUCACAACACCCUGCAAGCCCUGAAGGCAGAUGGUAGAACCCCGGGACUCCGAGCUGAGUCCCCGAAUCCCGGCUCUCGCUCCUCCUCUCCCAAACAAAAAGGCUUAUCCUCUUCAGGCAGGUCUAGUCCCUCUAGCACCCCCUCCCAGCACUCCUCUUCAGCCCAUCAUGACAAAAACCUCCCACCUAAAGUCAGCCCUUCCUCUAAAGCCCGGCUGGACCCUCCAAGAGAGAGAUCCAAAUCCGAUUCGUACACUCUGGACCCAGACACACUUAGAAAGAAGAAGGUCCCACUUACAGAGCCGCUUAGAGGCAGGUCUACCUCUCCAAAACCUAAACUGUCUCCUAAAGAUCCAAAUAAUGAAGUGAUUGGCAAUGCAGAGAACCGUGUUCCCUCUCCACAUGUGACCCAGGAGAACCUACACAGUGAAGUGUUGGAGGUGUGCACCUCCAGUGCUCUGCUCUCAGAGGAUGGCAACGACGAGAACGCGGAGGCUCAAAAUUCUGAAGAUGGCUCAUGCAAGGUGCACUUCAGUAUCGGCAAAGCCCCCGUCAAGGAGGAACUAGAGACCCGCGCUUCGCCCAAAGUCAGCCGCAAAGCCUCCAGUCGACACACGCGCCCUAAGAAGGAAAAAUCUGGGCCUCUGUUCAAAGGUGAGAGUACUUCAAGGGCCACGGAGCCUGCCAAACAGGCCAUGUCACCUUCUGUGGCCGAAUGCUCGCGAGCGGUCUUCGCAGCUUUCCUGUGGCAUGAAGGUAUUGUCCACGACGCCAUGGCCUGCUCCUCCUUCCUCAAGUUCAACCCAGACUUAACCAAAGAGCACGCCCCCAUCCGCAGCUCGCUGGGAGGACAGGGCGCCGAGGAGAAGGAGAACAAGCUAAAGAACCGCCACUCCUUAGAGAUCUCCUCUGCACUCAACAUGUUUAACAUUGCGCCGCACGGCCCGGACAUCUCCAAAAUGGGAAGCAUCAACAAAAAUAAGGUGCUGUCCAUGCUGAAAGAACCUCCACUGCCUGAGAAGUGCGAGGAGGGGAAAGGGGAGGCCACUUCCUACGAGAUGACUUCUCAUCCGACUAUGAGGGCAAAGUCGAUCUUGCCGUUGACGUUGCAACAUCUGGUGUCAUUCUGGGAGGACAUCUCUCUGGCCACCAUCAAGGCAGCCACUCAGAACAUGAUUUUCCCCAGCCCGGGGUCCAGCGCCAUCCUGAAAAGGAAGGAGCACGAGAAAGACGGCAAGAAGUCGAAGAAAGAGAAGAAGAAGAGGGAGAAGGCCGAGGUGCGUCCAAGAGGGAAUCUGUUCGGUGAGAUGGCACAGCUCGCCAUGGGUGGACCGGAGAAAGACACCAUCUGUGAGCUGUGCGGCGAAUCUCACCCUUACCCCGUGACCUACCACAUGAGACAGGCUCACCCGGGUUGCGGUCGCUAUGCUGGAGGCCAGGGCUACAACAGCAUCGGUCACUUCUGUGGUGGUUGGGCUGGGAACUGUGGAGACGGAGGCAUAGGGGGCAGCACCUGGUACCUAGUGUGUGAUCGCUGUCGGGAAAAAUACCUGAGAGAGAAACAGACUGCCGCCAGGGAAAAGGUGAAGCAAUCCAGGAAGAAACCCCUGCAGGUGAAGACUCCGAGGGCACUGCCCACCAUGGAGGCCCACCAGGUGAUCCGGGCGAACGCUUUGUUCCUGCUGUCCCUCAGCAGUGCUGCCGAGCCCAGCAUGCUGUGCCACCACCCUCCCCGGCCCCUGCACUCCCAGCUGCUUCCCAGCCUCAAGGAGGGCGUGUCGGACGAACUCCCCAAUAAAAUGGGCUGCCUCUACCUCCAGACACUAGCUAGGCAACACACUGAGAACUUUGGGGCCUACCAAGACGAUAACCUCUUCCAAGAUGAGAUGAGGUAUUUGCGCUCAACAUCUGUUCCUGCACCUUACAUAUCAGUCACCCCUGAUGCCUGUCCCAAUGUGUUUGAGGAACCAGAGAGCAACAUGAAAUCAAUGCCGCCCAGUCUGGAAUCCAGUCCAAUCACAGACAGCGAUACGGCGAAACGAACAGUGUUUCAGAGGUCUUACUCAGUCGUAGCAUCAGAGUAUGACAAGCAACACUCGCCCUCUCCGGCCCGGGUCAAAGCCGUGCCCAGACGCAGGGUCCAGAGUGGUGACGCAGAGGUGGGAUCUUCCCUGUUACGUCACCCGUCCCCUGAGCUGUCCCGGCUGAUCUCGGCCCACGGCUCCCUCAGUAAGGGGGAGAGGAACUUCCAGUGGCCUGUCCUGGCUUUCGUUAUCCAGCACCAUGACCUGGAGGGCCUGGAGGUGGCCAUGAGACAUGCACUGAGGAAGUCUGCCUGCAGGGUGUUUGCCAUGGAGGCCUUCAACUGGCUGCUGUGCAAUGUGAUCCAGACCACCUCUCUGCACGACAUCCUUUGGCAUUUUGUGGCAUCUCUCACCCCAUCGCCCUUUGAACCUGAGGACGAGGAAGACGAUGAGAACAAGGGGAACAAAGAAAACGUGGAACAGGAAAGAGACCUUGGCGUUUGUGAACACCCACUGUCAGACAUUGUUAUUGCCGGGGAGGCAGCUCAUCCUCUCCCCCACACCUUUCACCGCCUCCUUCAGACCAUCUCUGACCUCAUGAUGUCCCUUCCCGGUGGCAGCUCACUUCAGCAGAUGGCGCUUAGGUGCUGGAGUCUCAAGUUCAAGCAGUCCGACCACCAGUUCCUCCACCAGAGCAACGUUUUCCAUCACAUCAACAAUAUCUUGUCCAAGUCGGACGAUGGAGACAGCGAGGAGAGCUUCAACAUCAGCGUGCAGUCAGGCUACGAAGCAAUGAGCCAGGAUCUCUGCCUGGUGACCUGUCUGAAGGAUCUGACCAGCGUUGUAGACAUCAAGACGUCCAGUCGUCCUGCCAUGAUUGGCAGCCUUACAGACGGCUCCACGGAGACCUUCUGGGAAUCUGGAGACGAGGACAAGAACAAGACCAAGAGCAUCACCAUCAGCUGCGUGAAGGGCAUUAACGCCUCCAAUGUGACUGUUCAUGUGGACAACUCCAGAGACAUCGGGAACAAAGUCACAUCAGUUACAUUCUUAUGUGGAAAAGCAGUAGAGGAUCUCUGCAGAAUCAAACAGGUUGACCUGGACUCGCGUCACAUGGGCUGGGUGACAAGCGAGCUCCCUGGAGGGGACCACCAUGUGAUCAAGGUGGAGUUGAAAGGUCCGGAGAACACCCUGAGGGUGCGCCAGGUCAAGGUCCUGGGUUGGAAAGAGGGCGAGAGCAUCAAGAUUCUGGGACAGAUCUCAGCCAGCAUGGCCCAGCAAAAGAACUGCGAGGCCGAGACUCUCCGAGUGUUUCGCCUCAUCACCUCACAGGUCUUUGGAAAGCUCAUCUGUGGAGAUGCAGAGCCGACUCCAGAGCAGGAGGAGAAAAACCUUCUUUCAUCACCCGAGGGAGAGGACAAGGCUCCAUCUGACGCGGACCUUAAAGAGCACAUGGUGGGCAUCAUUUUCAGCAGGAGCAAACUCACCAACCUCCAGAAACAGGUGUGCGCGCACAUCGUCCAGGCCAUCCGUAUGGAGGCCACGCGUGUGAGGGAGGAGUGGGAGCACGCCAUCUCCAGCAAAGAGAACGCCAACUCCCAGCCCAGUGACGACGACGCCUCCUCGGACGCCUACUGCUUCGAGCUCCUGUCCAUGGUCCUGGCUCUGAGUGGCUCCAACGUGGGCCGCCAGUACCUCGCUCAGCAGCUAACGCUCAUGCAAGACCUGUUCUCUCUGCUGCACACGGCCUCCCCGAGAGUUCAGAGACAGGUCACAUCGUUGCUCAGACGCGUCCUUCCGGAGGUGACGCCAGUGAGACUUGCCAGCAUCAUCGGGGUGAAGGCCCUGCCACCGGCGGACAUCAGCGACAUCAUCCACUCAACGGAGAAGGGCGACUGGAACAAGCUCUGCAUCCUCGACAUGUUCCUGGGCUGCAUCGCAAAAGCCCUCACCGUGCAGCUGAAGGCCAAAGGCACCACCAUCUCUGGCACAGCCGGCAUGGCCGCGGGCAAAGGAGUCACCACCGUCACGCUGCCCAUGAUCUUCAACUCCAGCUACAUCCGCAGGGGGGAGAGCCACUGGUGGAUGAAAGGCUCCACUCCUCCACAGAUAGCAGAGAUCAUCAUAAAGCUGGUCAAAGACAUGGCAGCGGGCCACCUGUCAGACGGCUGGUCCAGAGUCACCAAAAAUGCAAUAGCUGAGACCAUCAUAGCUCUGACCAAAAUGGAGGAGGAGCAUCGGUCUCCUGUACGCUGUAUCGCCACCACAAGGCUGUGGCUGGCCUUAGCUUCGCUGUGUGUGCUGGACCAGGACCAUGUGGACAGGCUGUCCUCUGGUCGCUGGAUGGGCAAAGAUGGACAACAGAAGCAGAUGCCCAUGUGUGACAAUCACGAUGAUGGCGAGACAGCAGCUAUCAUCCUGUGUAAUGUGUGCGGCAACCUCUGCACCGACUGUGACCGCUUCCUCCACCUGCACCGACGCACUCGAUCUCACCAGAGACAGGUGUUCAAGGAGGAAGAGGAGGCUAUAAAGGUGGAUCUCCAUGAAGGCUGUGGAAGAACUAAGCUCUUCUGGCUCAUGGCCCUGGCCGACUCUAAGACUAUGAAGGCUAUGGUGGAGUUCAGAGAGCACACAGGUAAACCGGCCUCCAGCAGCUCAGAUGCCUGCAGGUUCUGUGGGACGAGGAAUGGCACCGAGCUGUCUGCAGUGGGCAGUGUCUGCUCAGACCCAGACUGCCAGGAGUACGCUAAACUGGCCUGCAGUAAAACUCAUCCUUGUGGACACCCCUGUGGAGGAGUCAAGAACGAGGAGGCCUGCCUCCCGUGUCUGCACGGCUGCGACAAGAACACCGGCUGUCUGAAACAGGAUGCAGACGACAUGUGCAUGAUCUGCUUCACGGAGGCCCUCUCCGCUGCUCCUGCUGUACAGCUGGACUGCACUCACGUGUUCCACCUCCAGUGUACUCGUCGCGUACUUGAAAAUCGCUGGCUCGGGCCCCGCAUCACGUUUGGGUUCAUGCUGUGUCCCAUCUGCAAGAACAAAAUCAAUCACUCGGUGAUCAAGGACCUGCUCGACCCCAUUAAGGAGCUCUACGAGGACGUGAGGAGAAAGGCUCUGAUGAGGCUGGAGUAUGAGGGUCUACAUAAGAGUGAGGCAAUAGCCACACCAGGAGCACGUUUCCACAACGACCCCGCGGGCUUUGCCAUGAACAGAUAUGCAUACUAUGUCUGCUUCAAAUGCAAGAAGGCCUAUUUUGGGGGAGAGGCUCGCUGCGAUGCAGAGGCCGGACAGGGAGACGACUACGACCCCAGUGAGCUCAUCUGUGGAGGAUGCUCAGAUGUGUCCAGGGCUCAGAUGUGCUCCAAGCACGGCACAGACUUCUUGGAGUAUAAAUGCCGGUACUGCUGCUCGGUGGCCGUGUUCUUCUGCUUUGGCACCACACACUUCUGCAACGCCUGCCACGAUGACUUCCAGAGGAUGACCAGCGUCCCCAAGGAGGAGCUGCCCCAUUGUCCUGCAGGUCCCAAAGGCAAGCAGUUGGAGGGUACUGAGUGCCCUUUGCAUGUGGUUCACCCGCAAACGGGGGAGGAGUUUGCCCUCGGCUGUGGGGUGUGCAGAAAUGCGCACACCUUCUAAACAACACAAGAGUUCUACUGAAAACCAGUUUGUCUACUGUGAUUUCUGGCUGCUGCUGAAGCUCAGCCGUGAAGCUCGGCUCUUGCAUUGUCAGGUCUCCUGGACACCGGACCAGGUUUCUACCCUACGCCAAGAGUCCUCAGGUCUGCUCCUCUACCAACAUCAGUAUCCGGGCUCUGCUACAAACACAAGCUGUGGCUACUUUGGAUUCAGAGUAACCUGAAUGGGGUGUGGGGGGGGGGGGGGGGAAAGAAAAAAAAAAUUUUAAAAAAAGAAGAAGAAAAAAAAAAGAAGAAAAUAUCUUGUGACUUGUUUGCAUGCGGCCGUUGUACUCCCUCGGCUUCUAUAGACGUUGCACACCUCCUGAUCACUGAAGUGUAACAAUACAAGAUUAAACAUUGAAUAUGAAAUACAUUUGCUUAAAGGCAACUGUGGAUCAGCGUGGGUUUAAAAAAAAAAGAGAAAAAGGAACGGGCCGUAUUUCCAGCUUCCUAACUAUAAAUUUAAAAUAUUGUUGUAUGUAAACUUUUUCGUAAUCUUGCACAGUAUUCUCCACUGUCAAGUGCAUCAUGGGUUGAUGGACAAAAAAAAAAUAUCAGACUGUUGAAAAUAAUUAUGUUUGGGAGGAAAAUAGUGUACGAUUUAUCUAAUCUUGUAUAUAAUGAUACUAUUCAAAAUAGCUGUAUUCCGAAGUUGCUACUCUUCACUUCAGUUUUGUUUGAUAUUCUGGGUUAUGUUUUGAGCCAGAACUUUUAAUGAAGUGCAAUACUGGGUGUGCCUCCUAUUUUGCAGCUGUUUAACCUAUGGAAUGUAUGUCAAUAAAGCCACUGUACAUUUUUAUACAGUAGACAAUUGUAAUUCCCCCUCUUCUAAAUGUCGGAUCUGUGUGGAAAUGAGGAGGAGGAGCCUGGUGCCUGCAGUGAAUGAUAGUGGAUGUAUAUCCUAUUUGCAGCUCUGUCAAAAAGAAAGAGGGGAAAAAAAAAAGUACCAAAAUCCUACAGUAAUACAAAAACAAACGAAAGACCUCACAGUGAGACUGAUAACAGCUGAAUGAUUUGAGGGGCUGGUCUUUACACCAAAUAUAAUUGUGCACCUGUAAUGCUUUUCCCUAGUAGGAGGCAGGGGGGAUCGGGGGUCAGGGGAACAGAGUGUGGAGAAAAAAAGCUGCUGUUAUAUAAAAAAAGCUUAAUACUUGUGAAUCUGCUCUGUAAUAUCUGUGGUGGAUGGAGUCGAACGGUAAUAAACCAGGUUCUCUGUUUUGCAAAGUA